AUGGCCGACACCGAGAGAGGCACCACGCCCAUCGGUGAUGAAAAGGUCAUUUCAGACCACAAAGAGCAUAUUAUGGGGGAAAUCACCCAUGGUGCAGCAGAAAGGGGUCAACUUGCGACCGAUGAGCAUGGCCAGCCCCUGGUAGAAUUUGACAAAGCCGCCGAGUCACGAUUGCGACUCAAAAUUGAUCUUUAUAUUGUUCCAACUGUUGCAGUCAUGUAUCUCUUUUGCUUCAUCGAUCGAGCCAAUGUUGGCAACGCUAAAUUGGCCGGCUUCGACAAGGACCUUGGACUUGUAGGCUAUGAUUACAACGCUGUGCUCUCGAUCUUCUUUAUCGCAUAUAUUAUCUUUGAGAUCCCCAGCAAUCUCAUGUGCAAAUGGGUCGGUCCCGGAUGGUGGCUUCCAGCGAUGACAUUGGGAUUCGGUAUUUGUUCGGUCGCUACGGCUUUUGUAAAUGAUAUGCAGAGCGCAUGUGGUGUCCGCUUCCUCUUAGGCAUGUUCGAGGCAGGACUCAUGCCUGGAAUCGCGUACUAUCUCUCACGUUGGUAUCGACGAAGUGAACUUGCCUUCCGUCUGUCGUUGUAUAUCGUCAUGGCUCCCCUCGCUGGAGCGUUCGGUGGUCUUCUAGCCUCUGGUAUUCUCAUGCUCGAUAGCUUCGGUUCUCUCCGCAGCUGGCGUAUGAUCUUCGCGAUUGAAGGCAUCGUCACAAUUGGAAUUGCUCUCGUCGCAUUCUUCACGUUGACCGACCGACCUGAGACCGCCAAAUGGCUCACUCAGGAAGAGAAGGAUCUGGCCAUUGCCCGUGUCAAAUCGGAACGUGUUGGCACGACGGAGGUCCUCGACAAGCUCGAUGUAGCCAAGACACUGCGUGGUAUCUUCAGCCCAGUGACACUCGUAACCGCGAUAAUCUUCAUGUUGAACAACAUUACUGUUCAGGGUCUUGGAUUCUUUGCACCUACCAUUGUCAAAACCAUCUACCCCCAUGCCACUGUGGUGUCUCAACAGCUGCACACAGUGCCUCCUUAUGUUGUGGGCGCAUUUUUCACUGUGCUAUUCCCCUACCUCAGUUGGCGAUUCGAUCAUCGCCUCAUCUUCUUCAUUAUCAGCCCGCCGCUAAUGAUGACUGGUUAUAUCAUGUUCCUGGCUAGCGAAGAUGGCAUGGUACGGUAUGGGGCCACCUUCCUUAUCGCCUGUGGGGCCUUCGCCUUUGGGGCCUUAUGCACAGCAAACGCGUCUGCGAAUGUCAUCGGAGACACCGCGAGAUCUUCGGCUAUUGGAACCACGGUGAUGUUCGGAAAUAUUGGUGGGCUCAUCAGCACCUGGUCAUUCUUGCCUUUUGAUGGGCCCAACUAUCCGAUUGGUAAUGGGCUCAACUUGGCAACUUCAAGCACCACUCUCCUCCUCGGAGCCAGCCUGUGGGCUUAUAUUAUAUGGGACAACCGGCGCCGUGCGCGCGUCGACGUCCACAGCGCCUUGGCGGGACUUUCCCAGAAACAGAUUCAGGAUCUGGACUGGCGCAAUCCUGGGUUCCGCUGGCGACCAUAG